CUUGUCAUCCACUGUAAGGAUGAUCUUCUACUUUCUUGUUCUCCUCAUAGGCCUAAAUGCUGCAGAGGGAUUGGAAGUCUUAGGUCAAAAUUAUUGGAAGCACAAAGCUAUAGAAGACCUUAAAGCCAGCUUAAAUGUACGUCAUAAUACCAGAACAGCUAAAAAUGUUGUGAUAUUUAUCGGCGAUGGGAUGGGCCCGAACACAAUAACUGCGUCAAGGAUCUAUAUGGGAGGCGAGAGCAGUUAUGUCACAUGGGAAAGAUUUCCUCACAUGGGAGCAAUAAAGACGUAUGCUGCUGACAAGCAAGUUCCUGAUUCGGCUAAUACGGCCACCGCCUUGUUUACUGGAGUAAAAACAAAUAUGGGAAUGUUAUCCGUAGACCCAUCGGUUAAGUUCGGUGAUUGUCAUAAAAGUUUACUUAAACAGAAUCAUCUAAUAAGUGUGGCAAAAUUAGCCCAAGAUGCAGGAAAAUCCACUGGUAUCGUAACGACAACACGUAUAACCGAUGCCACUCCAGCCGCAAUGUAUUCUCAUUCUGCCAACAGGCUUUGGGAAUGUGACUCAAAAUUACCACCAGAAGCUCAAAUGUGCAAAGAUAUCGCCAGGCAACUUAUAGAAAAUUCUCCUGGAAAACACUUCAAUGUGAUAAUGGGUGGUGGGCGACAGCAGCUGAAAGCUAAUUGCUCCUCUUUACCGGGAGAUCCUGUUGUAGCUGACUCUUGUACAAGAAAUGAUGGCCGAGAUCUGAUUAAAGAAUGGGCUGAAGAGAAACAAUCGGAUGGUCUUGAUUAUGCAGUCCCAAAUAACACCAAGACUCUGUUGGAAGUUGACAUUGACAACACGGAUUAUUUAUUAGGUAUAUUUUCCAACAGUCAUAUGCCUUAUGAUUAUGUAAGGGAUAAGUCAGAAAAUGGAGUACCAUCUUUAGAACAAAUGACAACGACUGCUUUAAAAAUUCUUAUGAAAAACAAAGAAGAAGGAUUUCUGUUAAUGGUUGAAGGAGGACGAAUAGAUCACGCGCAUCACGAGGGUAAGGCCCGGGUAGCACUUAAUGAAGUUGUAGAAUUGAAUAAAGCGAUCAACAGUACUAUAAGUUUGCUCGAGUCUUCAGGUAUAAAAGAUGAUACUCUCAUCAUCGUAACGAGUGAUCAUUCCCAUACACUUACAAUAAGUGGAUAUCCAGAAAGAGGAAAUAAUAUUUUAGGUUUGGCUGGAACAUCACCAAUUGAUGGGCUAGGAUACACCACUCUUGGAUAUGCCAACGGUGGUAAAGGUAAUUACCACUACGAAGUCGUCGAUGGGAAAGUCUCCCGCGAGGAUCCCUCAAAAGUUGAUACAACUUCCUACGAAUACGGAGCUCAGGCUGCUGUAUUGCUUGAUAUGGAGUCACAUGGCGGAAAUGAUGUUUUUGUCUACGCAACAGGACCCUACGCACAUCUCUUCCAUUGCUCUCAUGAACAAAACUACGUCGCUGAAGUUAUCAAGUAUGCUUCCAAGAUUGGCGAGUAUUCUGAAGACCGAAAUGGAGCAAGACCAUCCAGAGGCCUUUAAUGUUCACAAACUCUUAAAAUAACAUUUAUUAAUUUAAAUUUUGUAACAAUUCAUUAUAUUGAAUAUUUUUGUUUAAAUAUAUUUGUAAUGUUGAAUUUUGUUUUUUUAAAUGGUACAAUUAAAAGUGAUACACGGUAAAAUUAAUGUAAAUUUCAUACUUUUUUUUUAAUUAUGAAGUAAUUUAUAUUGUAUAUAUGAAUUUAUUAUAAAAUAUUUGUUAUUGUAUUUUUUGUUUGUAUUAUUGUAAAUAAUGAGUG